CAUUAUUUGUUGGUUUUUUGUUGCUGGUUUUUGAGUUUUUAUAUUUUUUUUUUCUAGAACAAUAAUGAAGGCCUAAAUUUUAGUUAAAGAGCGUUGUAGAUAACAGGAUUCAGAAUUAGGCUCAGAUUCAAAAGACACACCCAUCGAAAGCUUGACGAGGCAUGAACCGAGCAAUUGGAAUCGGAAGCAAGUGGACACAAAAGAAUGUAGCUAACAAUCGGGGACAUUCUCGAAAAUUCUCGUAGCACCAACAAGUAAAUUACUAUACCCAGAACACGCAAAGGAGCUGGUGGGCGGAUCCAGAGCAAUGGCAUCUGGCAAAGGGCUCUAUUGCUGGGGAAGCACUUCGCAUGGUCAAUUGGGACUUGGCGGAAUCGAGGAUGAGCAGAUCCUCACACCCAGGCAGAUACCCUGGACACCGGACACCGUUGUACAGCAGGUCGCAUGUGGACACCGGCACACCCUCUUUCUGACCGCCACUGGAAAAGUCUACGCUUGCGGGAGCAAUGACUACUCUCAACUGGGACACGAUCUGCCCACCAAAAGGCCACGUAUGUCGCCAUUUCAGCUUAUCCCCGAACUGCAGGAUUACGUGAUCAUCCAGAUCUCCUGUGGCAGCCGCCACUCAUUGGCGCUCUCCGAUUGGGGCCAGGUCUUAAGCUGGGGCGACAACGACUGCGGCCAGCUGGGACAUGCCACCGAAAAGGAGAUCGUGCAGCUGCCCAAGGUUGUGCGGCAAUUGGUCUCCAAGACGGUGGUGCAGAUCGCCUGCGGCAACAAUCACAGCUUGGCACUGACAAGUUGUGGCGAAUUGUAUUCAUGGGGUUCCAACAUCUACGGCCAACUGGGCGUGAACUCCCCCAAUGAUUUGACACAUUGCAACUAUCCCCUCCGACUAACCACUCUGCUGGGAAUUCCGCUGGCCGCCAUUGCUUGCGGAGGCAAUCACUCGUUCCUCAUCUCCAAGUCCGGUGCGGUGUUUGGAUGGGGCAGGAACAACUGCGGACAACUGGGACUGAAUGACGAAACGAACCGCGCGUAUCCAACACAGCUGAAAACACUGCGCACCCUGGGCGUGCGAUUUGUGGCCUGCGGCGAUGAGUUCUCCGUUUUUCUGACCAACGAGGGAGGGGUGUUCACUUGUGGAGCUGGCGCCUAUGGGCAGUUGGGUCAUGGCUUCAGCUCGAAUGAGAUGUUACCGCGAAUGGUAAUGGAGCUAAUGGGCAGCACCAUCACUCAGGUAGCCUGUGGCAAUCGGCACACUCUGGCGCUUGUUCCAUCGCGCGGCAAGGUUUAUGCCUUCGGCUUGGGUAGCUCUGGGCAGCUGGGCACGAGGAGUACCAAGAACUUGAUGCUGCCGCAGGUGGUCAUCGGUCCUUGGGUGUCGCCCAGCGGAUCAGCCCAGUUACAAUCCAAUGAUUCACAGGUGUCGUUGGUCAUCCGACAGAUUUUCUCAGGUGGCGAUCAGUCAAUUGUGACCACAACUUUGUUUAUAGACAAGGUGCCGCCCGAGGAUUUUAGAAUCUACAACCCCAAAUCGCAGAUCCUAACCCUAACCGCAGAAGUCACCAGACAAUGUGCUCAGAGCAAGCAAGGCUGUCAAAGCGACAUGGAUCUCCUGAGCUCUAUUGAACUGAUAUUUAAAAGCCAGGCGUGUUGGAAUGGUUCCUUUCUGCUGGAUCACGAUAGACACUUUGGAUGCUCGGUUCGCAACCAUGGACUGGAUCUUAAAGCAGCUCAACUGGCAUUCGACAAUCUGCGCGUUGUGGAAAAUGAAAGCAUUAGGCAGGUGAUCUGGGACAAUAUAACCAAGGAGCUAGUUGGCUCGCUGGUUUGCUCACCGGCGGAUGUGGAGAGCAUGCGAUUAUAUCUUCUACUACCACUUUACCACGAGUUCGUGAACUCCAAGCACUACAAGUCACUGCAGGUUCCGUUUGCCAAUGCCAUAUUUAAGCUAGCAGAGAAUCCACGGAAAGUGCUGAGCAAGUGGCUGGCCCAAACACCGACUGAAUACUUCGAGCAUCUUGUCCAGAACUUCUUGCAUGUUGUCGUCCAUAUUAUAAGUUUCAAAAUGGGCUUGUCUGCCGCUAGUCCCAGAGCCGAAAGGCGUCAACAGCUGCUGCCAUAUAACACUGACCUCGAGGUGAUUCUUACGCUGAUGAAAACGCUCUGCCAAAUUAACAACGAGCGCGAUGAUCGCCUAAACUAUCAAAUCUUUUACUGGCCUGAUCUUUCGGAUUAUGCAGACGUGCAGCAUGAGUACAUUAAAUGGAUCAUGGCCGGCACUGCCGGAGAAUUCAAUAUUUGCAACUAUUCAUUCAUUUUCGACCAGUCUGCUAAAACAGCGUUACUCCAAGCGGAUCAGGCGCUGCAGAUGCACUCCGCCAUGGCAAAUGCGGCUACCAUGCAUGCAUUUAACUUCUUGAACUACGGGAUGCCCAUCCCGCAGUUCAUUGUGCUCAACGUGACGCGCGAGAAUCUGGUGCAGGAUUCCCUUCGAGAGUUGCAGCAAUACUCGCAGAGUGAUCUUAAGAAGCCGCUGAGAAUCAAGUUCCAUGGCGAGGAGGCGGAGGACGCGGGUGGCGUGCGCAAAGAGUUCUUCAUGUUGCUGCUCAAGGAUCUGCUCGAUCCCAAGUACGGUAUGUUCAAGGAGUACGAGCAGUCGCGUUUCCUCUGGUUUGCAGAUCUUACCUUCGAAACGGAAAACAUGUACUUCCUAAUUGGCGUUCUCUGCGGCCUGGCCAUCUAUAACUUCACCAUCAUCAACUUGCCAUUUCCACUGGCUCUCUACAAAAAGCUGCUGGGCAAGCCAGUGGAUCUCAGUGAUCUCCGCCAGCUCUCCCCUCCGGAGGCCAACUCCAUGCAAUCGCUGCUCGACUACCAGGGCGAGGAUUUUAAGGAAGUCUUUGAUCUUACCUUUGAAAUAUCGCGGGAUGUAUUCGGGGAGGCGGAGACGAAGUGCCUUAAGCCCAACGGCAAUCAGAUAGCCGUAACACUGGAAAACAAGCAGGAGUUUGUGGAUCUCUAUGUUGACUUCGUAUUCAACAAGUCCGUCGAGCUGCACUACAAAGCGUUUCACAAGGGCUUUAUGAAGGUGUGCUCUGGCCGCGUGAUUCACAUAUUCCAGCCGGAGGAGCUGAUGGCCGUGGUGGUGGGAAAUGAGGACUACGACUGGCAGGCGCUGCAAGACAGCUGCGAGUACCGGGAAGGGUACACUUCGGGCGAUGAUACAAUCAAAUGGUUCUGGGAGGUUAUUCAUGAUAUGUCCGAGGCGGAAAAAAAGAAUUUUCUCCUCUUUUUAACUGGCAGCGAUCGCAUUCCCAUCCAGGGCAUGAAGGCCCUUAAAUUCACCAUUCAAGCCACCCCGGACGAACGAUUCCUGCCCGUGGCGCACACCUGCUUCAAUCUGCUGGACCUGCCGCGCUACAAGACCAAGGAGCGCCUCAAGUACAAGCUACUGCAGGCCAUCCAGCAGACGCAGGGCUUCAGUCUGGUCUGAUCGGUUUGAUCCGGACCCAUUUUUCACAUCGACCUCAAGCUACAGGUAUUUUCCGAAAGCUUCGGCUUUCGCGCAUUUUGGAUUGAAGAAUGAAGAAUGGCUGCUUUCAAAGACAACCCCAACGUGGAACACACAUUUAUCAGCGAUCAAAUCAGCAAGUACAAUGUCGUGUUAUAGCUUUAAACUCUAGACUAGUUAUUAAUAUAGCAUUGUUAUGGAGAGAAAGGAAUUCAAGGAGUUAAAUAAGGUUGGUGCAUCAGUCUGAGGACAACAACAAAUGUCUAAAUUUCCGUGUAACUUUUACCAAUAAAGAGUUGUAUAAUAUGCUUAUA